AUGGUAAGGAUCUUUUAUGUUGAUUAAAAAGACAUGUGUUGUUGAUACGAUCAAUAACUAUCUACUACAUCAUAUACACUGUUUAGCUUUUAACUACAGGUGUAUUAAUUUUAGGAAGCUUACAACGAAGACUCAAACAUGACUACAGAAAACUCAGUAACCGAGACGUCAGAAGACCUAAAUGAAGAUACGGAAGAAGAAAGUAAUCAGAGUUUAAUAGAGCCACGACAGCUGCGACAUCGCCGUCAUCGUGAAGAAAAUUUAGAACACAAGAAGAGGAGGAUCGACAAGCUUAUUUCUGUAGGCUUUUAUUUAAAAAUUAGUUUUAAAUUUAUUUUUCAAUAUUAAAAUUGAGUUUUGUAGCUGCACGGUGAAAGUACGUCAAAUGAUUCUCGCGAGGGUUCGUGUGAACAGUCUGUCUGUUCCUUGGAUACACAAUGUUGCGUCCAGUUGUCGCCGAAUUGUUCAAACGUCAACCCUACAGAAGACAAGGUAUCGGUGACACACUUUCACUUAACUAACAACGAACACUUAUGUUAUCAUUGCUACGAAGAGAUUGCCAGAGCUGGCCGGAAGUGUAACCAGAAGUACAUUGAGUGGAAGAACAUGUGGCUUACGGAGAGCAGAUGUUCUCCAUCAUUGAGGCUGUUUACGAUGGAUUGUCUGCUACCGUACUGGUUACAGUGCUGUAAAUGUGGAAAGUUCAGGAAGGUAAAAGAUGACGUCACGGAUUGGGAGGCCGAGAAGAUUGCUGAAUUUGAUUGCUCCAAGGUUGAAACACUUCAAAAUGAACGUGAUCCGUGCAAAGCUAAAGAAUCUGAGGUGAGUACAGGGUGUUUCACGAAAUUCCGUUGUCAGAAAUAAUUUAUAUCUAUGCAACUACGCAUCCUGCAAUUGUGAUUUUUGGCACAGUUGCAGUCCAGACCUGUGCGUUUUUUUGUGCAAAUUUUGGCAUUUUAAAGUUGCACUUUAAGGUCGUUAUGAAUUUUCAAAAAUCAGCAUUUUCACCGAAAUGAUAGAUAUUUUUGGUUGGGAAUUGGUUCUUUUGAAGUUUACAUUUUGUUCAAUUUGUUUGAAAAAUUCGGGGUUUCAAAUGAUUGCAAAGGUUUGGCGGAGCCCUGGCGGACGGCUUAAAAUAUCGGCGGAGGUCAUAACUUUCUUUAAACUAGUCAUAUAGACCUGGAACAAAAAACUAAUAUUGUUUAAAUGUUUAUUCAACUAACUAUUAACUCUAAUUUCAACACUAUUUCUGUUACUUUCGAUACAUUUGCGUAACCUUGGAACAAAGCAUAAGCCUACUAAGCCUAAGCUCAUUAAGCCUAAUCCUACUAAACCUAAGCUUAAGCCUAAGCCCAAUUGUAAGUUCCAGUUUGAACCCUAUCCUAAGUCUAAGCCUAAGUGUAGUAUUAUUUUUGGUGGUUAAACGUGAUUUCAAGAGAUCUGAAUUAUUUUUUGGCACUAUAGUCCCUUCAGGAGUUAAAAAAACAAGGUUUACAACUAUAAUAUUAGCUCUUAAAAACUUAAUAUUACACUUGUUUCAGAAAGUAAAAGCUGCUAGAGAACUUGAAUGGAUUCAAUCGGCUAGUGCGGCCUCGUUUCUGCACAACUCUCCAGCGUUACAGUAUCUCAGGGAAGAAUAUUACUGUGAUGAAGUUGGUAUGAGUCCUUCAAGAGUGAAAGACGCCAAGAUUCCGAAGCCACAGGCUAAGUUCAUGUUUCCGUUCAACAUUCCAAACGCUGGAUCUGUAGCCUUUUGUGUACGACCAGAUGGGAUGGAGUACGAUGAAUUGGAACGAUUUCCAGAAUUCUCAAUCGAAUGCAUACCGUACCUGGCACUACGGAAUUUGGUCGUAUCUUUAUGGGCUCUGAAUCCUUUUGUAAGUUGAUUUUGUAUCACAACUGGUAGUUUAUAUGAUUUAGUCAAGGAAUUAUUUGGUUUAGUUGUUAUACUUCAUACAAUAUCAGGUUAAUAAUCAUUACUUUCAGGAACUUCUAACCUACGAAAAGUGUUUGAGUCAUCUGGUAUGCCGCGGUCUGUCUCGUGUAUGGUACUCAGUACAACUGAAACAGAUCUACAACUACUUGUGCAUCAAGAACAUGAUCAACUACGGCGUGUUAUCCUUCCCCGAUCACAACAUCAUUUCAGAAUAUGUGACAAAGCAGCUAAAGGUCAUUGUGGUUGGUGCUGGGAUCAGUGGCUUGGCUACAGCAAGACAACUGACAAGGCACGGUGCUGAUGUCACUGUACUUGAAGCUACUGAAAGGAUUGGCGGAAGGAUGUACGAUGACUUCUCAUUGGGUGUAGCGGUCGGAUGUGGAGCCCAGCUCAUUACUGGAUUAACGAACAGUCCGAUAGUACUAUUGUGCGAACAGACUGGGUCUGGUUACAAGUGAGUUUUAGUUAAAUGGUUAUAGUGAUGAAUUAGGGUUAAAAAGCUUAGCUUUAUGAAAUUUCUUACCUUUGUUAAGAUUUAUAUAAACUUAUGACGUAUUAUUGAGUGUGUUUCAGGUCGUUGAGUGAUGAAUGCCCAUUGGUGGAUGCUGGAUCAGGUAAAACCGUGAAUUCAGCGGCUGACAGAAUCGUCGACGAACAUUUCAAUUGUAUAUUGGACGCCAUUGGAGAGUGGAGGAAGGUGACGAGCAAAGGAGACACUAGUCUUGCUGAUCAGGUCGAUAACUUCCACCAGAAGUUUCUCUCUGCUCUCCCUUUCGAAUGGACUCCAGAAUACGACCGUCUUCUUCAAUGGCAGAUCGGAAACGUUGAGUUCUCAUGUGGAGCAUCACUAUCUAAAGUUUCGGCCAGAAACUGGGACCAAAACGAAGCCGUAGGCCAAUUCGCCGGAGACCACGCCCUUCUGAAAAACGGCUCCAAGAAGUUUAUUCACGAAUUGGCUACAGGAUUAGACGUACAAUUGAAUUACAAGGUUAAGAAGGUGGACUACAACAAGAACAAGGUCACGGUGACUUGUGAGAACGAGGAAGAGUUCAAAGCUGACAAGGUUGUGUUUUGCCUCCCUCUGGCUGUUUAUCAGCAAAACUCGAUAAAGUUCCAACCCGCAUUGCCUCAGAAGAAGGUGGGCUGUUUGAAGAAGCUGGGUGCUGGUCUGAUCGAGAAGGUGGCUGUCAGGUUUCCGACCAGAUUCUGGAAGUGCUUGUUGAAGAAGGAUGGUACGCUAGACUACUUUGGGAACGUUCCAAAAGGAAAGAAGUUCAGAGGUCUUUUCAACAUGUUCUACGACUUCUCUUCGAAGGUAAGCUUUUGUAAUAGUUGAAAUGUUAUCAGAAGUCUAAAUGAUCAAGGAAACCCAUUUCUACUAAAUUUUGAUUUUAUUUAGUAGCAGGAUGAUUUGUUACCAUUUUAACGUUUUGAAGGAUUUUCAAUGUUGUUUACAAAAUUUUCUUUAAUUUUGUUGACCUUUAGGUUAAGAAUGAGGAAUACUACGUGCUGAUGUCUUAUGUGUGUGGAGAAUCAGUAGACAUUGUUAACAAGCACACGGAAGAAGAAGUGGUCGAUAUCUUCGUCGAUGCUCUGAAGGCACUAUUUCCAAAUAUUGUACGGUAUUUUACUAAUUUAUAAGUGAAAAAAUAUUUUCUGAACCCUUUUAUUUAUCUUUGAUUAAUAUUUUACAUUUUCAGGACAUUCCAAAGCCCUUAGGCCACGUUGUGACUCAUUGGGGUCAAGACUCAAACAUAGGAAUGUCAUACAGCUACGUGAAGGUGAACGGCAACGGAGAAGACUACGAUGGCAUGGCCGACCCCGUCGACAGGAAGAUUUACUUUGCCGGAGAGUGUACCAACCGCUUCUUCCCCCAAACUAUGACUGGUGCUUAUGUCUCAGGGCUGAGAGAAGCGAGUAGAGUAGUGGAACAUUGGAUCUCAGAUAACACCAGAUCUCGCUAA